AUGGCGGCAGCCUACGUGACGGUGACUCCUGCUCUGGCCGAGCUCAUAAGCUCGCUGCCACAGGAUGAGGUCCCAAUCAAGUUGCGCUGCGCUAUCUGCAGCAAGCUGGCUGUGAAUGCCUUCAGAACACCCUGUUGCGAGCAGAUGAUCUGCGAGAACUGCAAACUGGCCCUCCGGUCGACAUGUCCCGUUUGCGAGCACACCCCAAUGUCGGCUGACGACUGCAAGCCUAAUAAAGCUCUUCGAAUGACGACCAAGGCUUUCCUGAAGACUGCCGAGAAGAAGCGAGACAGCUCUCAGGCGAAGGAAUCGACACCAAUGACACCCGUCGAUGCGAGACCUACCUCUACACCGACCGUAUCCGAUGACAAGCCACCCGUGGAAGACGCCAAUGCAGAAGUUGCGGCGGCCGUCGCCACCCAGGAGAUACAACAAGAAGGCGAGCAACCUCCUCAGGCGGAUGGCCCUCCCGCUGAGCAGAACGCCGCUCUCGACACCACCGAAACGAAUGCGGAGCACACAUCUGCUACUGAAGUUGAGAACGAGCCAUCGGGUGAGCAGGUGUCAGGGGAGGCUGAGAACCCGGAAGACAACCAAACGGAAGAGCAAAACGAACUGAACGAGGAGAAAGGAGACGCCGAGGCAGCCUCAGAAGAAGCAGAUGGCGCUGAGAAUAAUAAAGACAACAGCCAACAAAAUCCAUCCUUCCCCAAUGGCCUUGGCCUUGGCGGUGGCAUGAACGGAUCGUUCCCCAACAUGAACUUCGGUGGUGAUUUCAACCAGAUGCAGAUGAUGAUCGCCAUGCAGAAUGGCAUGGCGCCCAACUUUGGCGCGUUCCCCAUGAUGGGAAUGCCAGGAAUGGGCAUGGACCCUUCGAUGAUGAACAUGUACCAGAUGAGCAAUGGCUUCGGACCAGGCAUGGACAUGAGCAUGAUGAACGGCGGCAUGGGAGGGUUCAAUGGUAGCAUGGGCGCCGAUGGUAACUGGAACGGACCGCAAUCGUGGAAUAACGGCCAGAAUAAUUACAAUCAUCCAAAUGCUUCAGGCAUGGGUAACGGUGAUUAUGGAGACUUUAACUCUGCCUACCAAGCAGGAUACAAUCAAGGUAAUUUUGGCCCUCACAACCAAUUCAAUGCCUAUCGCGGGAGGGGCUUCUAUCGAGGUGGCCGAGGAUUCCGUGGCCGCGGGAAUUUCAAUAACUUCGGCCGUGGGGGUUUUGGUUAUGGGCAACAGGGGAUCCAGGGCCAGAACUACAUGAAUCAGCAAGAUGGCUCAAACAUGAUGGACAAAGCCCCAAAUGGCCCUCAACCGCUUCCCAACGUAUCAUCGGGUGAAGGCGAAGGGGACAAGAGUGUCGAUGAGUUCGGUCGUACCAUCCGCCCCGAGGCGAGCCAGGACGGCGUGCAAGAUGCCGACAAGACGGAGUCGGUAAACGAGAAUGGAGACGGCAACACUAAGUCAGAAGCUUCAGGAGCAGGACCAGACAGUGCGGCCGGCCCCGGCCAGCCCUACGAUGCGGACAAGGCGGCCUCAGGUGGUAGCGGCGUCGGCGGUGGUGACCCGACUUUCGCGCCGAACGGCAAUUUUGUACCUGCAGACCCAAGUAUGAGACCAGGUUCAGGACCGCCUUUUGGCGUCAACCAAGCUCGCGGUGGAAACUUCGGGGUUAUGCCGCCUCCGGCAGCCCCUGUGCCUGACGUACCUCUUAAUGCACCCAAGGGACCAAAAGCUAUGCGUCAGGGUCUGCCAAACACCAGCCUGCUUAACCUACGAGCCAGAGGAUACCAGAUUCCCGGUGGCGAGAACUUCAAAAGGGUCCAGAGCCCUAGUACUCCAGCGAAUGGCCUUGGCACUCCAGUUGACGAUGAACGUGAGCACCAUAGAUCGCGGAGUAGUUCUCCGCGUAAAGGGGACCCAGAGCAGCACCGCGAGCGAAGCGCGAGCAGAAGCAAAGGCAGCCGGGACCAAGAACGAGACAGGAGCCGCCACCGAGACCGACAUGGCAAAGAUGGCGAUCGCUCCGAGUCUGCAGCUCCCUCGCGCAGCCGUAGUGGUGAGCGUAGGGAUCGCAAGCGCAAGAGCCGCCGAGACCACUCCGCCUCAGACGGCGAGCGAGACUACGACAGGGAACGGCGCCACCGCCACCGCCGCAGUAAGAAAUAUCUCGAUGAAGAAGAGGAACCUAGGUCACGAUCGUCCAGGGACGAGAAAUACGGCGACCGGUCCAGGUCUGCCUCGCCCGCUGGUUCGCGCAAGGCGAGCCACCGCAGCAGUCGCAAGGAGCGAGACUCGGAGAAACGGCGGGAUCGCGACCGAGACCGCGAGAAGGACCGAGACCGCGAGCGGGAUUACACCGAUGAUGAUCGGGAUUACAAGCGCAAGUCCAGCCACCGCUCAUCACAUCGGGACAGAGACAGAGACCGCGACCACGACCGGUCUGACCGAUCUGACCGGGACAGGGACCGAGAGAAGGACAAAGACAGGGAGCGAAGGCGAGAGCGCGACCGUGAGCGUGACAAGGAGCGCGAGAAACGGCACAGCAAGCGGUCUACCGCCGAGCCACCGACACCGACGGAGCCGGCAGAGGACGUGAAGCCAUUCAACCCGCCCACCGGCCCCAGGGGCAGCAUAUCCAAGAACUUCUCGAUAUUCAACGCGCCGAAGGGCUUCGAGAUCAAGGGCGCGUUCGCCAAGAACUCGACCAGCACACCCUCUUCCUCCGCCAAGCAGCCGCCCUCCGGCCCCGCCGCAGACAGGGACCGGGAUCGGGACAAGGGGAGGGACAGCCGGCGAUCCUCGUCGGCGUCGGCGUCCAAGCCGUCGGGGCUCGACCCCCACGCGGCGGAGCGCGAGCGGCGCAACCGCGAGCGCCUGCUGAAGGAGACGCAGCGGCUUGCGCAGUUUACGGGGCUGAAGCGCCGUAGCGCCGAGGACGCGGGCGGGGGCUCCGACGCCAAGAGAAGCCGGACCCGCAGGGGCGGGCAGGUCGUCGACGAUGAUGACGAGGCCAGGCUGAAGAAGAGCGAGGCGGAGAGGGAGGAGAGCAGGUGGGGUUAA